UAUAGUUCGGCUGCUCGACAGUUCGCCGGCUGUUUUAGCAUCUGGCUCUCGCACUGUGCUCCGACUUCCACUCUUCUCUCUUUUUGCUACUUUUCGCCAGCUGCGUGUGUGUACGUGUGUGCUCUGCGGCUUUGUCUGCAUGUGUGCGCGUAUUCAGUAUUGGCCAAAGUCAAAGCAGCAGCUAAGCACCACUGCUGCAGUCGCGCUUACACUUUGAUUGUGUGCGGACUCUCUCUCUUUCUCUCUCCGUAACUCUCUUCUCUGCGGGCGGCGUCGAACCUCUACACCCGACAUUUUGCUGGAAUAUCAAAAAGCUUAUCAACUCAUCUCGCAAACAAUAAGCAGUGCUCACCACCAGAGAGACAAGAACAUCUAAGAAAUCAUGAGUAGAAUAGCCGGCGUGCUUACCAAAGAAGUGGUGGCCCAGCUGAGGCGCAAGUUCUACGACGAGCCGAGGAACAUCCAGUCGCAGAAUGUCUGCUCCCGACUGGACCCGAUCGAGGCCUGCAUAUCGCGCAAGGCUUACGAGGCCUCCAAUCACGUGUUCCAGCACAAGAUCGAGACCGAGGGCAAGCCCACGACGGACCAGAAGAAGAGCGGACGCUGCUGGCUGUUCGCGGCCCUCAACGUCAUGCGCGUGCCCUUCAUCAAAGCUCACAAUCUCGAGGAAUUCGAGUUCAGUCAGUCCUACCUCUUCUUCUGGGACAAGAUCGAGCGGAGUAAUUACUUUUUGCACAACAUCGUGAAAACGGCCAAACGAGGAGACACCCAGGACAGCCGAGUCGUGCAUUUCCUCCUGCAGGAUCCCAUCAACGACGGCGGUCAGUGGGACAUGAUCAUCAAUCUCAUCAACCGUUACGGCGUCAUGCCGAAAAAUUGCUAUCCCGAGUCCUUCUGCAGUGAGUCCUCUGCCCACCUCAACGUUCUUUUGCGCAGUAAGCUUCGUGAGUACGCUCAAGAGCUCAGGACCAUCAUUGACAAAAAUGCCAGCGACCAAGAGAUUCAAGACCGCAUAACUCAGCAGAUGGCGGUGAUUUACAGAAUAGUCGGAAUUUGUCUUGGUAUUCCACCAGAGAGCUUCACUUGGGAGUAUUACGACAAGUCCAAGAAGUAUAACAGCAUCGGUCCGAUCAACGGGCCCGAUUUUUACGAGAAAUAUGUUAAGCCUUACUUCAACGUCGAUGAUAAAGUUUGCUUGGUCAAUGACACGCGUCCAUCCAACAAAUUUGAUGAAAUUUAUACCGUCGAUUGCCUCGGAAACAUGGUCGGUGGAAAACCAACCAUUUACAACAAUCAGCCAGCUCAGUUGUUGAUGGAAUUUUGCGCGGAGAGUAUCAAGAACAAUGAACCUGUCUGGUUUGGUUGCGAAGUUUCCAAGAGGUUUGUUUCUAAACUCGGCAUCCAAGAUCUCAAAGCUCACGAUUAUGUAUCCAUGUUUGGAACGGAUAUUCAAAUUGUUCUUUCGAAGGCUGAUAGAUUACUCUAUGGUGAAUCAGCUAUGACUCACGCCAUGGUGUUCACUGGAGUUUCUUACGAUAAGGAUGGUAAGAUUUCCAAGUUCCGAGUUGAGAACUCUUGGGGAGAAGAUCGUGGUGAAAAGGGAUAUCUUGUUCUUACUAGUGAUUGGUUCCUUGAAUUUGUAUUUGAGGCUGUUAUUGACAAGAAGUACGUGCCGAAAAAUGUUCUUGAAGUUUUUGAAAAGAAGCCAAUUGAAUUGCCUGCAUGGGACCCAAUGGGCACACUUGCUCAGUGAUAAAUUUAUAAACUUUUUUUAUACAAAUCAAGUUUUUAUAAAUGAAACAAAAUGAUUCAUCUUUCAAACUCAGUCUAGAGUUCAUAUUACUGUAAGAUUGCAACAUUUUUCAUAGAUUUUGUAUGCCAUUGCUGGUUUUGUCCAAUACUUAAUGUUUUUAAAAUGAUUGAAUAUAAUCUAUUAUUUAAAAUAAAAUUUUAAUAAUUAUUUGGUGAUAUCAUUUACACCAUAGAAAUGUUAAUGAACAAAAGUGAAUUAUUAUUUGUGGUAUUAAAAUGUGUUAUAUUGCUAACAUUUAUGGUGCAUUUUGAACAUUUUAAAUAAGUUUCUUAUCUUAAAUGUAUCAUUAAAUCUGUAUAAGACAUUGAAAAUCAUAAAAAAAUAAAAAAUUUUGAUUUAGAAAAA